UUUGUCUUUAUUGCAGAAAAUAAUUGUUUGAUCCAAUAGAAAACUUGAACUUAAAAUUUGGUGCAAAAACCUUUGUUUAUAAUUACAGAGGUAGUUCUUGAUGAGGUUUGCACACACUGCAGCAGGGAUUUUGGACCACUCCAUACAGAUCUUCUCCAGAUCCUUCAGGUUUCAGGGCUGUCGCUGGGCAAUAUGGACUUUCCGCUCCCUCCACAAUAUGUUUGAUUGCUGCCAUGUAGUUCUGGACUGAUCCCUCAGCCUUUCUCAUGAUCAUUGAUACUCUAUAAGGUGAGAUCCUGCAUGGAGCUCCAGUCCGAGGGAGAUUUACCGUCAUCUUGAGUUUCUUCCAUUCUCUGAUAAUUGCACCAGCAGUUGUUGCCUUCUCACCCAGCUGCUUGUCUAUUGUCAUGUAGCCCGCCCCAGGCUUAUGCAGGUCUAUAAUAGUGUCCCUGGUGUCUUUAGAUGGCACUUUGGUCUUGCCCAUGGCGGAGAAGUUGGAGUCUCAUUGUUUGAAUGCAUGGACAGGUGUGUUUUAGAUGGGUAAUGAGUUCAAACAGGGGCCAAACUCUUAAUUCAUGCAAUAAAAUGUGAAUAAAUUAUUUAAAUAUACAAUGUGAUGUUUUGGAUAUUUAUAUUUUUCUUAGAUUCUGUCUCUCACAGUUGAAGUGUACCUAUUGAUGAAAAUUACAGACCUCUCCAUUCUCUGUAAAACAUGCAAAAUCAACGGUGUAUCAAAUACUUAUUUUCCCCACAAUACAUUGGGGUGUUAAACUCGACUAGAGACCAGAUAUGUUUUAUUUGCAAAGGCGCGAUCUCCCAUGUUUGCAGGCUGGACUCAUGAGACCAAAGGUUUUGGUUUGCAGACCCAAAUAUUUCCUGUUGGGAGUAUUUUGAUGUAGAAGUUCCUUCAGGCCACUUCAUGUAGAGCCUGAUAACCAGUCAAAAACAUUUUAAGAUUUAUUCCAUAAUGAACUGGAAACCAAUAACAGGAUGCCAGUACUGGUGCAUUGGAUUGCGCCCUCAAUCCAAUGUCUUCCUCUUUUUAGAGUGCUGGUAGGUAGGGAAACCAAGGAAUCUUUUUUUUCCAUCAACACUGCAGCUCAUUUUGAUCCCUUUAAGUUUCCAGUCCAGAGAGGAUAUAGGCUCUCCAGCAGGUUUUCCUACUCAAUUUCAUAGAGUUUUAUUUAUAUAGUGCCAGUUCACAACACAUGUCGUCUCAAGGCACUUUACAAAGUCAAUUUAAUCGAAUCAGACAGUUUUUUGUCAAGUACAAACAUUUAAAUUAAUCCUAACUAUCAAACUGCAGUUAGAUUCAGUUUAUUCAUGGACUCAUGAGACCAAAGCUUUUGGUUUGCAGACCCAAAUACUUCCUGUUGGAAGUAUUUUGUUGGACACUUUUAACGCCGACCUGCUGUUAAGAUUUGUUUGUUGAUUCGAAACAUUUAAGCGUGACAGAACAGCAAAAACAGAAGAACCCUGUGCAAAGUGCUGCAUGAUGUUAUUUUUAAAUUAAUGCAAAUGUUACACAUUAAAAAAUCAAGUCGGUCUGAAUUUUAAGAUUGUUAAGGUAAAGUACUCCCAGCUUCUUUGUCUGUAAUUUAUCCUUGAAGAUUGGGCUUCAUGAGGACAUUUAUAGAAACAUCGCGUCUGAAGAUUAGCCUGGCAAAUGUUUGUUUUAGCUAAAUCCAUUGCAUAAGUCAAUUUCCAUGACUGGAUCACAUGGCAAGAAAUGUUUGGCUCACCUUGAGUAACUAAUAAGACAUUCUGUAUCUUUUCCAAACUUGGAAGAUGAAGAAAUUGGCGACUUCAUAGUUAUUUUAAAGUAAACUUUCAUCCAUGUUCAAAAACACCGAUGAAACUUUACAUGAUUACUGAAUUUCUGUCCUCAUUUUCCAACUGUAACAUUUAAUCAGGAACCUGCAUGUAUGAGCUGGUUAAUGAUUAUGUGUUAUGUACGCACAUGUGUGAGAUGUUGCUUAAAAAGAGUGUGCCUGACAGUCAUCCUGGUUUAUUCCUGAUGGCGGUCCUCAGGAUUUUGGUGGCUCUCUCCAUUUUGCUGGAGAUCGUCUCUGCCACCUCUCUCGGGGUUGUGUCCACCGAGGGAGGGAUGGUGGAGGGACAAAAUCUUUUUCUUGGUUUCUUCCGGUACAUGGAUGUUUUCAGAGGCAUUCCCUUCGCUGACAUCCCUAAGAGGUUUGAGAAGCCAGUGCGUCACCCUGGCUGGAGCGGUACUCUUAAGACUACGAAGUACAGAGAUAAGUGUCUUCAACUGGACGUUUUAAUGACAAGCGUCUCUGGAAAUGAGGACUGUCUUUACCUGAACAUUUGGGUUCCUCAUAUAGGCUCAGUGGGCUCCAAUCUUCCUGUCAUGGUCUGGAUCCACGGUGGAGCUUUCAUGUUUGGAGAUGCGAUGGGAAUUCACUUCCUGGAUAACUAUCUGUACAGCGGACAGGAAAUCGCUGACAGAGGAAAUGUUAUUGUGGUGACGGUGGGAUAUCGUGUAGGAUCCCUGGGCUUCCUGAGCACCGGCGACUCUACCAUGCCUGGAAAUUAUGGUCUGUGGGACCAGCAAGCAGCCAUAGCAUGGGUGCACAGAAAUAUCCGAUCAUUCGGAGGAGAUCCCAGCAACAUCACUGUCUUUGGAGAGUCUGCAGGAGGAGCUGGUGUUAGUUUCCAGGCACUCACCCCUCACAACAAGGGAUUUAUUAGGAGAGCAAUCUCCCAGAGCGGUGUCUCCCUUUGCCCAUGGGCUGUCAACAGAAACCCUCGCAAGUAUGCUGAGCAGGUUGCUCUGAAAGUCAACUGCCCCACCGAUGACAGCAUGGCCGCCUGCCUGAAGAUGACCGAUCCCAAGGUUCUGACUUUGGCGGGAACUGUUCCCUUGACCAGCUCUGCUGACGACCCUUUUGUCAACAACCUGGUUCUGUCUCCUGUGAUCGAUGGUGACUUCCUGCCCGAUGAGCCGUCCAAUCUGUUCCACAACGCCGCCGACAUCGACUACAUGGUCGGAGCCAACGACAUGGACGGACACUUCUUUGCAAGUUACGAUGUCCCAUCAAUCAACUUUCCGCUGCUGGCCACCUCUGUUGAUGAAGUCAAGGCGCUCUUGGGUGCCCUAACCAAGGAGAAGGGAACCGCUGGUUUGGAGAAUGGCUUCUCUACAUACACAAUAGACUGGGGAUCCAAUCCCAGCUUGGAGACCAUCAAGAAAACUGUUGUGGCCAUCGAAACAGACUACAUGUUUCUGGUUCCCACCCAGGCAACCCUUUAUCUCCACGCCUCCAAUGCCGGGACUGGUCGCACCUACUCGUACCUUUUCUCUGAGCCCAACCGUUUGGCAGCCGUUACCAAGCCCUGGCUGGGAGCUGAUCAUGCUGAUGACCUACAGUACGUCUUUGGAAAGCCCUUCUCCACGCCACUGGGAUACUGGCCGAAACAUCGUGACCUGUCUGGAUACAUGAUCUCCUACUGGACCAACUUUGUCAAGACGGGAGACCCUAAUAGUGGAGAUCUGAGGGUGCCUGCUAUGUGGCCAACAUUUACAUCCACUGGAAACAGGUUCUUGGAGAUCAAUUCCAAGAUGGACGCUGGCUACGUGGGACAGAAGCUGAGGUUGCGUUAUGUGAACUUCUGGACCAGUGUUCUACCCAGCCUUCCCACAGUCUAUUUAGAAUAAAACUUGUGCUUGCAAUAAACCCAUUGAUCAGUGGGGUUUGUUUAUGAAAAAUAAACACAUUUAUGAGCAAUUCAAA